CUCGCAGGAGUCUCAUUACCAGUUUUCAGCUGACCACCUGAGUGUAUUCCAAUUCCAUCGAGAAGUGAGAGAGAAAUGAGGAAAUUUGAUCCGUGGCCGGUGUUUUUCAGGAGAGAAUGGAAUCGGUGCUGGCCUUUCCUCGUCGGCUUCGCUGUCACUGGCACCAUCAUCACUAAGUUGUCCCUCAGCCUCACCGAGGAGGACGCCAAGAACUCUCCGUUUGUGCAGAGGCACAAGAAACACUGAUUAGAAAAUAGUGAAUUUCUUUACGUAUGAUUUCCUGAUAAGUGGAGACUCUUUACAGUGUUGGAAAGGGUUUCAUCUCUGUAAUUUUCUUUUCCGGAUUUGUUGAGCACUAGUAUCAAAAAAUGAUGGCUCUGGUUGCAUAAAUGUUCUCUUAACCUAUCUGGGUGCAAAACUAGCUUGAGUUUCUAUAAACUGAUACUGCAAAGUUCGGGAUUUUGUGGUUUUAUUGGUUCAGUUUAUUCAGACAUGACCUUUGAAAUCUUUCACUGCAUUGAGAUUC